GACAGCGCGCAAAGUGAAGGAAUAUUUCGCCAUAAUUGCUUCGAAACUGCGUCUGAAUGUUUUGUUCCAAAAUUGUUGAUUAAUUUUGUGUCGUUAAAAUGGAAGAUUUACCGUUCAAAGCUGAAUAUGCUAAAAGUGGCAGAGCCGGUUGUAAAGGAUGCAAGCAAAAUAUCGGAAAAGAUGUCCUAAGAAUUGCCAGAAUGGUUCAGUCUGCAUUCCAUGAUGGUAAACAACCGAAUUGGUUCCACGAACAAUGUUUCUUCGUAAAACAACGUCCGGCUACAACUGGAGACAUUGAAGGUUUCGAUUCGCUUCGAAUGGAAGAUCAAAAACGCAUCACCGAACAGAUCUCACAAAAUUCGUCGGUCAUCGCACAGCCAAGUUCGUCUAAUGGGGGAAAGAAGGGCAAAAAGAGAACAGCUGACACAAGUGCUAAAAUGACCGACGCAGCAUCGAAAGAUUUCGGUGUUGAGUAUUCCGUGUCAUCCCGAGCAGAGUGCCGAGGAUGUGAAAGUAAAAUUAUGAAGGGCGAAGUUCGGAUCAAGAAGACCGUCUAUGACUCGGAAGUUGGCAUGAAAUAUGGGGGUCAACCAUUAUGGCAUCACUACGAAUGUUUUGCUAAGCUCCGAAGUGAACUCGGAUGGUUCGGACCGGGUAAUCAGCUGCCUGGAUUUAAAAGCUUGAGCAAAGAAGACCAGGCUCUGGUUGACAAACAUUUACCACCAAUGAAGUUGGACGAAGUAAUGCCCGAAAUAAAGAAACAAAAGAUGGAAAUCAAGGAUGAAGUCGAUACAGCUGCCGAUGCAGCCCUCGACAAAUUGAUGGCUGAACAGAACAAAGAGUAUUACAAGAUCCAUGACAAACUUAAGGCGAGCCUUAAGAAACAGGAACUGAUCGAAAUUCUGGAAAAGAACAAACAGGAAGUUCCGUCUGGAACAUCAGAGAUACUGAGCGCUGUCGCUGACAUCCUAACUUUCGGCUCUCUCAAACCGUGCCAACUGUGCAAGGGUCAAUACGUUUUCCGCAAAUCGAAUUACAUUUGCAACGGAAAUGUAUCCGAAUGGGUGAAAUGCGAAAACAUUUUAAAAGAACCGCCACGCGAGGGGCCACGUAUCCCAACACAUUUAAAGACGGAAUACUCGUUUCUGAACAAGAAAUUCAGUGUAAAAAAUCGAGCCACCAAAUACGUCGCACCCACCGUUUCAAAUUCAAAGGUCAAAAAGGAGGAAGAGAUUUCGGGACCAAAAGUUAAACGGGAUCGACCACCGCUGUACAAAAUGGAAAUUGGUCUCAUUGGCAAAUUCGACCGUUCAAAGGACGAAAUCAAAAGCCAAAUCGAGAGAUUGGGCGGCAGAUUGACCUCGUCUGUCCACAGCAAAAUUGCAGUCAUAAUUUCCGACGAAAGUGAGGUGAAGAAAAUGACGGACAAAAUGCAGAAAGCCAAAGAGCACGGCAUCCAAAUUGUUCCGCUGAAGUUUUUGGAUGAAAUUACUGCGGAAAACGCCAUCAAAUACAUAAAAACUCAAAGCAUUUGCGAUUGGGGAACUGAUCCGAUGCUGAGAAUUCCACAAGAGGAGACAAGAACCAAGUCGAAGAGCAUGUAUACGAAAUCUGUGCCAAAAUCGGUCACACUGAAGUUGAAAAAUGGUGGUGCUGUGGAUCCGGAUUCAGGACUGGAAGAUGUGACGCAUAUAUUUUCACAGGGAAAUACCAAAUGGUUCGCCAUACUGAACAACAUUGACAUACAAGCGGACAAAAAUUCCUACUACAAAAUACAGCUGCUGGAAUCGGACAAUAAGAAGAAGUAUUACUUAUUCCGAUCGUGGGGCAGAAUCGGCACAACGAUCGGAGGAAACAAAACGGAAAAAUACUCCAGUUCCGGUGAGGCCAUGGACGAAUUUCGAAAAAUUUACCACGAACGAACGGGCAAUCAUUUCGGAGCGAGUACGUUCAACAAAAUUGCAGGCAAGUAUUUCCCCAUGGACAUUGAUUACGGUGACGAAAAGAUCGAGAAGAAGAUCACAGAUCAAAACAGACACAAGUCGGAAUUGGCGCCGGCCGUGCAGGAUCUGAUGAAAUUGAUGUUCGACUUGGACACAAUGAAGAAGGCGAUGUUGGAAUUCGAACUGGACAUGGAGAAGAUGCCGUUGGGCAAAUUGAGUCAAAAGCAGCUGUCCGAAGCGUUGAAAGUGCUGCAAAAGUUGUCGGAAUUGGUGAAAAAUGGUGGCUCCAGCAGCGAAUUUAUUGGUUACUCGAAUCAGUUCUACACACUGUUGCCGCAUGAUUUUGGCGUGGAACGUCCUCCGGUCAUCGAUACCAUUGAAACGAUCAACGCUAAAACAGCAAUGAUCGAAAGUUUGAUCGAAUUGGAGGUUGCGUACAGUUUCCUGCAAACGGAAACCGAUGACAACAAGUCCCCACUGGAUGGUCAUUACAAACAGCUCAACACCGAACUCAAACCGAUUGCCAGAGAUACGGAAGAAUUUGCACUGCUGGAGAAAUACGUGCGCAACACACACGCCGAAACGCACUCCAACUUUGAAUUGGAAAUCGAAGACAUAUUCAAUGUGGACCGAUCCGGCGAAAAACGUCGCUACAGACCAUUCAAAAAGAUGCACAACCGAAAAUUGCUGUGGCACGGUUCUCGACUUACGAAUUUCGUCGGCAUUUUGUCGAAUGGUUUGAAAAUCGCACCGCCCGAGGCACCAGUCACCGGUUACAUGUUCGGCAAAGGUGUGUACUUCGCCGACAUGGUUUCGAAGUCAGCCAAUUAUUGUUGCACAUCGGCAGCAAACAGUACCGGUUUAAUGUUACUGUGUGAGGUGGCAUUGGGAGAUACAUACGAUUGUAAGGCAGCCAAUUACAUCACCGAGCUACCCAAAGGUAAACACAGCGUUAAGGGAUGCGGAAAAACCUAUCCGAAUCCAGCUGAAUCUCAUGUUGAUGCUUCGGGUGUGGAAAUACCUAUCGGCAAGCCGUUCACCGACACAAAAUUGAAGUCCAGUCUGCUGUACAACGAGUUUAUCGUUUACGAUGUGGCUCAGAUCAACGUCAAAUACUUGUUCAAAUUGAAUUUUAAACAUAAGUUUUAAGCGACAGCCCGUUACAAGUGGUGUCAAACGAUGUCAUUCCAGCAAGUGAAAUUUUUUCGUUUUUUCUUCUUUUUUUGUUUUUGUUCGAUAACUCAUUAUAUCUUGUUCAAAGCUCUUUCGAGCUGUUAAGAAUUUAUGGCGCGUUCACAUUUCUUCAUUUGAUAAUAAUAAAAAAAAAUAAUUGAUGAUCGUUCGA